CGCCCCCCUUCGCCGGCCGCUGGGAGUACCGAAGCCUAAGAAGUCGGCGACCGCCCCGCAGCCGCGCGUCCUCCUCCCGUCGUCGCCGGCCGCGCCGCCCCAGGCUUCGCUCUGCCGAGCCCGCAGCCCACGCCGCGGCCGACAUGAGCUUCUUGUUUGGUAGUCGCUCUUCUAAAACUUUUAAACCAAAGAAGAACAUCCCAGAGGGUUCUCACCAGUAUGAGCUCUUAAAACAUGCAGAAGCCACACUUGGCAGUGGCAACCUCCGGAUGGCCGUCAUGCUUCCUGAGGGAGAAGAUCUAAAUGAGUGGGUUGCAGUUAAUACUGUGGAUUUUUUCAAUCAAAUCAAUAUGCUUUAUGGAACCAUCACAGACUUCUGUACAGAGGAGAGUUGUCCGGUGAUGUCAGCUGGACCAAAAUACGAGUAUCACUGGGCAGAUGGAACAAACAUAAAAAAGCCUAUCAAGUGCUCUGCACCAAAGUAUAUUGAUUACCUGAUGACCUGGGUUCAGGACCAGCUGGAUGAUGAAACAUUAUUCCCAUCAAAAAUUGGUGUUCCGUUCCCGAAGAAUUUCAUGUCUGUGGCAAAAACAAUUCUCAAACGACUCUUUAGAGUUUAUGCUCACAUUUAUCACCAACAUUUUGAUCCUGUGAUCCAGCUUCAGGAGGAAGCACAUCUCAAUACAUCUUUCAAGCACUUUAUUUUUUUUGUUCAGGAGUUCAACCUUAUUGACAGAAGAGAACUUGCACCACUCCAAGAACUGAUUGAGAAACUCACCUCAAAGGACAGAUAAAAGGAUGAAAAGCUGCAAAUUCUUCCUCCACUGGAGCUGUGUGGGUGUAUUUGGGCUUUUGUUAUAUUUUGUUUGUAUCUGGAUUGUUUGUCUUAGGUUUUGGGGGCUUGCUUGGGUUCCCUUUUCUCUUCUUAAUAUAUAAAAUCAUAUUUUGUUGCUAGAAGAAGCCAAGAAACAUUCUCUACAUUUGAAAAGGGCAAAUUUUGUCUUAGUGGUAUACAGUAUUUUCUUUUUAUUAACCUGGUUUUGGUUACUUGAGGACUUUUUAUGAUCCUGUAUGCUGGGAACAACUGGCUGAGUGAAAUGCAGAUGGAUUGGAUUCUGUGCUGUGUAAAUUGUGGCCCACUUGGAAGUUCCUAAAAAAGACUUAUGUGUUCUUAAGUGCCUUGAUGGCUCACUUCUGAGGUGCAAAGCACAGAUAUAGGACGGAGCAGAGCUUGAAACAAUAUUAGGAUUUCUAUCUAGGGCACUUACUUGUGCAUGUUGUAAAGUAAUCUGUUAUGAAAGCCAUAGUUUACUCAAGUUGAUGAUGUCCAGCUUUUACUACAUUGAAAAAACAUAAUUUGUAAAGUUGUGCAUGUAGAACAUAAAUAUAAAACAACAAAAAUAUUUCUUAAUUAUUUUUGACAUAAUUUGUAAAGGUGUGCAUGUAGAACUAAGUGUAAAACAACAAAAUUCUUAAUUAUUUUUGAUAUUGACUAAUAUGUUCUGUUCAAUGGACAUUUAAAGUUCUACAAGCAGGUCUUUUUCCAUCUUUUAAUAUCUGUGAUAUUGUAAUUUGAGGAUGUUGAAAUGUAAUAGCUAUUGCAUUUCAACUUCUUUUUACAUGUUAAGUGUAAAACUUCAGGUUAUAUAUAGACUUGCCAUCUUCAGAAAGAUUGCUGAACUGUGAGGUCUCCUAGCGAUUGCCAAAUGAGCCAUAAGUGCAGAAUCCCCUUAUACUUCAAAGAGGGAAGAAAAAUGAGAAUGGUCGGUGGCAGGCAUUAGUUGUUUGGGAAAUCAAAAAAGAAAGGAUUAAGUGUGGGGAGUCAAAUUCUAGAAAGUGGGGUAGAAUAGUGUUUAUUACUUAUAAACAGAGUCUUGAAGACUUCCUUUUAGAAAUCAGCUUCCAUGAGAAGUUAAAAAUAAAUACUUAGUUUUAGGUACAGACAUUAAACAUGAAAUUUAAUGACUAUAUGGGAAAAUCAAUCACUUUUUAGCAUUUCCAUUCAGUGAAUGGAGCUGGUAUUUGCCUGUCAUUUUAAAUGAUAACACUACCUUGAUUAUUGGUGCAGUAUGAAGCAUCCUGACUUCUUAUUUUUCCACUGUGAAAUCUCUUUUCUUUGUGGUGAUAUCAAGUAAUGAAAAUGCUAGCUUAGUAGUUAAUAACUUCUAAAUUUUAGUUGACAUGACAUUCUGUUGAAUUGUCAUCAUCAAUAACAAGUUCAGGAAUUUGGUUUUUAUAUUAAAUGUUGAGCACCCCCUUCAGUUUUGUUCUUGAGAAAUACUCUGCAGACUCUGAGUUUUAAUUUUGUCAAUUUGGAUAAAUCUGUUUCCCUCAAAAUUUUCUCUCUCUCUCCUUUUCUCUCUGUAGUUAGAGACACAUACCUUUCCUCUAGUAAAGUAGAAAUGCUUGCUCUGAAUUUGUAUGCAAAUACAUAGUGGAGGAGUCGAAAAUUAAGUCAAUUUGGUUUUGUCAUUAACAAGAAUACAGUAAUAGAAUUGAAUGCCCUUGCAACUAUUAUCACUAGGAACUGCCUUUUUCUCCAUUUCAUUUCUCUAAUGGUGAUUGCUCACCAAGUACCAAUAAUAAGGAACAAAAGAGCUUGGAAGAGGCAGAUAAUACUGAACAUUUAUUAGUAGUGCUUAUUUAUGAACUGACAGCUAGCUGAUUUUCUUAAAAUAAUUUUUUAGUAUCUAGAUAUCAGGCAUUAUGAGAUGCUUCAGAAUUCUGAUGUGAGUCCUCUCUGUUCAGGAAAUGAAGCCCAUAAUUACUGAAACAGUCUUCCAUAGUAUAUUUACUUCAUAUCACCCUAGUAACAAGGGGCUUCCAUAGCAGCACCAUGUAGAGAGAAGAGUGAGAGGUUGUUUCUGGUCCUUUAAACCUUACGUACAGUAACAAUGGAAAACUAGUCCUAGAAAUGAGUGCUUGGUAGUAGGAUUUGCCUUCCCACCACAUUAGGUAGGAGUUAUUUUCACUGUGCCAGAAUCUCAGGUGCCAUGGUUCCAAGAGGUCCCUCAGUUUGUGGGAAAUAAUUCAUGGUGUGUGUGUGUGUGUGUGUGUGUGUGUGUGUGUGUGUGUGUGUGUGUGUGUGUAGAAAGAGUAGAAAUACUUUGUGCAUGCGUGUGUGUGUGUGUGUGGAGAAAGAGUAGAAAUACUUCGCGCAUGCGUGUGUGUGUUUGUGCGUGCGUGUGUGUGCAUGCACGUGAGUGCGUGCGUGUGUGUUGAGAAAGAGUAGUUCUCUUGAAGGCCUGGCAAGUGUACAUGGUGGUAAAUGGCUAUAAGUAAGGAAACACUAGAAGUCAAGAGAAAGUCAGUUUAAUAAAAACUUGCUUUGAGAGCACAAUGCCCUUUUAUAAAAUAAGAAUCAAAGUUUAUUUUGCAGGAGAGCUUGCUUAUAAAUGUUUCUUAGAUUCUUUUCAGAUCUGUUAAUUUAUAAAUAAUUAUCUCCCUUUUUUUUCGUCUCUUUUUUUGAGACUGGGUCUCUCUGUGUAGCCAUGGCUAGCCUGGUUGAGACCAGGUUGGUUUCAAAUUCUCAGAUCCCUUGCCUGUGCACCCUAUAUGCUGGGAUUAAAAUUAUGCACCACCACACCUGGUUACUCCAUUUUUUAUACAGUUGUAACAGUUCAAGUUAGUUUUCCUCAUUUUUUCAUAGGCUCAUCCCAUACAAUUGGGUGUAAUAAAGUAUCAUUAGGUUGUUACAGUGCUUUGAUUACAUGUGGAUAGGAUGAAGCAAGUUUUAGGAAUGAUUUAGAUAUCAGAGUCAUGGGGAUGAAGAGAAACUGACUGAGUGAAAUGUUUGUGGUUAACAGUAGGUGAGCUGCUGGCCUUAUUCACUCGCUGACUUUUUUCUUCUCUUCCCACAAAAGCCAUGCCUGAGACUGCCCCCAGACGUGAGCAUGAAUGUGUUGGUGGGUGGCUUUGGAGCUCUGUGUAUCUGAAAAUGAGUUUUAGGUUGUUGCCGAUUUCAACUCUCUUAGUCAUUGUAAAUUCUAAAUGGUCAACAUAAAAUGUAUUAGGUAGCAGAGUAUAUAUAUAUAUAUAUAUAUAUAUAGUAUGUUUCUGGAUUAUCAGGAUGGAUGAAGCACUACAGGCUCUUCCCAGAAAAAAUAGGAAUAUGGUAUUUAUAUUUUGUAUAUGUACUCACUAGGUUCCCAUUUUAUGUAAUGAGCAUUUUCCUUGCUAUGGGAAAAGUAGCAAAACAACAGAUUUCUUUUAUAGCUUUGUCUACAUCCUCUCUGAGAGAGGUUUUGAUAACCACUGAAAUAGUAGAUUAUGUGAGAUGCAAAUACUAAGUUGUGGAACUUUCUUUUAAAAUGAGUAUGUUGUACAUUAAUGUCCAAAUGAGAGUUGACUUUCAAAGCAGUUCUCUUUGGACCACUGUUUAUUUCAAUUCUGUUGCAAAGUAUGUUUCUAGAACUUUGUAAUGUGUCAUAGGUGCUUUGAGAAUUGGCUUAUGACCAUGUAAGAAAAAGAACCUUUAUUUUUUCAGUUGCACAAAAACAAUAUUCGAAGCUUACUAGAACCCACAUUAAUUACUAAAUCAAGUUUACUAACUUGGCUUUUCUCUGAGAACCAAGCCAGUGUGGUAAUCAAGAGUGUCUUUUAGGCUCUAAAUCUUUGGAGAAGACUGCUAUAGACAUUGACUGCAUCCCAGAAUAGAAUGCUUUCCUGGUGUCACAGCUGGAAGUAGGAAUCACCAUGUACAUGUGAAAACAUUUUUAAAAUUCAAUUUAACUACUUUGUAUUUAAACAGAAUUGUAAACCUAAGGUCUUUCUCUAGAACUUGCUCUGUUUCUUCCCCCUCCCUUUUCCUUAAAACUUUUGAAUUGAGUAGGACAGUUUUGAUUGAGAGAAUAGUGUGAAAAAGUGAGCGCAGUAUUUAAAACAGCAGUUCAAAGAAACAAACCCUUUACCUCUGUUGUAUUACCUCUGUUGUAUUCUGUUUUAUUUUAAACAGGUUUUUCUUUCAAUUGACUUUAAUUAAAGACUAGAUGUUGAUAUACAGGAAAAUUAUGAUAAAUUUUAUUAUGCAAAGUUUUAACCUAUCAUGAAUAGCAUUGGAAAUAAUGUAUUCAGCACAUAUUAUUCAUAACAUUAAAUUCUGAUUGUUUUUUGAAAAUAUACUGGAUCGAAAGUUCAUUUGUAAUUUGGAAUGUGAUUGUGUACUAGGAAAACAUCUUAUUUUGAAACUCAGCUCAGUCUUGCUCCUAGUGGACUUUAAGCUUUGGGUUUUUGCCAUAACAGAGAUUUACCAUAGGAGCCUCUGUUACCACAUGAUUAUAUGUGAGUGAUAAAUAGAGGUCUGUUUUGAGAUUUAGUAGGAAAGUUUAACUAACAACAGACAUGCAACAGGAUUCUGAAUGCAAAUGGUUUGAAUUUUUAAGGCUUUCUUCAGAAGUUCAUCUAUGAGACUACCAUCUUCUCUGUGUACCCCUCAUAGUUGGACUUAUUUGUAUUCGGACAAGAGAGAAGAAAAUACAAACUAAAAUAGUGGGCCCUUGAUUUUAUAAGUGCUUGGCGCAAGUUCCUCACGCAGCUUCCCUCCUUCCUCACCUUUACAGAUGUGUCUUCCCACUCCGCAUCUGUCAUGUGCACCCGCUCACAUGCACCCGAGGCUCACUUUACAGUUUGUCAUUGUUAGCGUUCUGAAGUAUUGCUGACAUACAAGUUUUCUUUUGUUUGUUUGGCAGGUUUUUUUUUAAAUGUCACCAAAGUUGCAGUUAUUGGUGAUGUAAAGUGACGAUUUUCUAAUUUCUUUCAUAAUUAUUCUUUUUUUUUUUUUUUGGUAUUUACGACACAGGGUUUCUCUGUAUUGUUUUGGAGGCUGUCGGUCCAGCCUGGCCUUGAACUCACAGAGAUCCGCCUGCCUCUGCCUCUGAGUGCUGGGAUUAAAGGCAUGCGCCACCACUGCCCGGCUCAUAAUUAUUCUUAUAGGUGGAUAUUUCUUAUAGUUUUGCACAAAUUUGCAUUUUUGUUUCUGAAAUAGUUGUAUAGGUUGUAAAAUAUAUUAGUGCAUUGUCAUUUCAGAACACCUUUUUCCUUAAAUUGUUUUGCAGAAAUGACUAUUUUUAGGGAAAAUAGUUUUACAGCUACUAAAUUUUAUGUUAUUUUUGUAUAUGCAUAGCCAGGGUGGUGAAAUCACUAAUAUUUUAGGGAGAACCUUUGUUCUAUUUAAUUUUUUUCUACACAUUUAAGGUAUUAUUUAAAGUUGUUGGUAGAAAUAGUGUCAAUGAAACAAAAAAUAUGAAGAACACUUAAAAUCAGAGUAGCAAUCAUUUCUGAAGACAAAAAUCAGAAAUACUGCCAGUACCCAGUGAUGGAGGCAGAAGGCAGCAUUGGUAUUAUGCACUUGCUUAAGAUAUGCAUGGAGACGAGAGUCUGUUCUCGAGGGGACAGGUUCUCUAGUAAGGUAGUUAGAUGGGAAAAAAUGAUCUAAAAUAAGGACUGCAACGUGGGCGCCAUAUUGUAAAUUGUGUCAAGAUUAUGCAAAUUGUAGUUAUUGAUUAAAGUUUAAUUGCUUCAUUAUUGUUAUUUUAAAGGAAAUACUGAAUGUUCGAAAAUCUGUAAUAUGUUUUAUUUGAGAGAUGUAAAUAAUGUACACAGUCUUAUAUGUAGUGGAAUGGGAGGUAUUUAAAUCCUAGGUUUUUUUUUUUUAAGGAAGAAAAUGUUUAUAAGAAAAAAACCCUAAUAAAUAGUUAUGUUUGGCCAUGAA